UCUGUUAAACCAGCGAUUUCUUUAUAUUUAUGUUUUAAACCUCAUGCACAUUUGUCAGACUGUCCGUAUUCAGUGAAUAAUAACAGUGGUUGAGCUGUCAGGACUGCAGUACUGUGAUCAUGAGCUCAGCAGCUGCUUCUCCGCUCCGGAUCCUCUGCGUUCAUGGUUACCGACAGAACAGCAGCUCAUUCCGAGAGAAAACUGGAGCUCUGCGCAAACUGCUCAGAAAGCAAGUCGAGUUCAUUUACAUGAAUGCUCCACAUCAGAUCCCCUCCAGUAAUGCGUCCCAGGUGCAGGAGAACUGCACCAAAAUUAGUGAUGAAGAUCAGAGGGGCUGGUGGUUCUCCGACGUCCAGGCCCACAGCUUCGAUGCACGACAGGAGUGUGAAUCCAGCCUGGGUCUGGAGGAUAGUCUAGAGGCCGUCCGUACAGCAGUGAAGGAUCUGGGUCCCUUCCAUGGCAUCCUGGGCUUUAGUCAGGGCGCCGCCCUGGUGGCCAUGGUUUGUGCCCUGCAGGAGCAGAAAGUCGAGCCUUCGUUUGACUUCUCCUUCGCUGUUUUAGUAGCGGGUUUCCGAAGCGCCUGCGCUCAGCAUCAGCGCUUUUAUGAAAACGUGGAGAUCACGUUGCCCACGCUGCACGUGUUCGGCCAGGAUGACAAAGUCAUUCCAGAGCAGAUGAGUCGAGACCUGCUGCCCAUUUUCUCUGCUGCUGAGGUUCUUACCCACCCUGGUGGGCAUUUUAUCCCCGCUGCGUCUGCACACAAACGGAUCUACCUGGAGUUCCUGAAGAAGUUUCAGUAGGAGAACGAUCAGCACGACUGUUACCACGGGCUUUAUUAAACAAAGUUUGUUAUUCCAAGUCUGUGGCUCUUAAAUCUUUUAAUGUGAAGGUGUGUGUGGAUUUAGUUUACACCUUAUGUGCCUUCUGAUCAAAUCAAAACACAAACUUACUGUAAUCUCACUUUAUUUGACCUGAUUGUUAUUAUUAUUAUUUAUAUAUAAAUCAGAAUAAAACUAUGAUCCGAUGUCGGAAAGUCUUUAAUAUCUUGAUAUAUUAUUUAAUGCAUUAUAAAGUGAUGUCACACAUAAACAGGUAAAUGUAUAGAUUAAAAUAUGACAUACAGGAUGUUAAGAAAAUAAA